AUGGCGAUCGCACCUGUGGUGCACCUCUUGCUGCUGUUACUACUGCCACUGGCAGAAGUCUCGGCUCAAGAGCAACAGAAGCCGCCACCACCUCCGCGGGUCGUGCGGCCAGGCUGCCGCGAAAAGUGCGGCAACAUCACAAUCCCCUACCCCUUUGGCAUCGGCGACGGUUGCUACCGUGAUGAUGGCAAAGGUGGCUUCCAGCUCAAGUGCGACGACUCCCAUGCCACCCCGCGGCUCACCGCGGUUGGCUAUGACAUCCGGAUCACGAACCUGUCCAUCGCCACCGGCGAGGUCCAGGCAAAGCUCAAAGCGACGCGCUACUGCUACGACAACGAAGGUGUCAGCGUCAACCGGAGCGGUGAUGGAGCUAUGCCGCUCACCAGCAGCCACUAUCUCUUCUCCGCAACAAGGAACCGCCUCGUCGCGCUCGGCUGCCCCAGCCACGGCUACUUCGUCGACACCGCCGGUUACUACGUCAGUGGCUGCAUGUCCAUAUGCAGGCCGUUGCAGUACGCCAUGCCAGGGUCAUGCACGGGCGUCGCCUGCUGCCAGAGCGCCAUACCCAGCGCUGUUGGGUACUUCGAGCCAUACCUGCUCGAUGUGCAAAAGAAGGAUGGAGACCCAAUCUUGUAUACAACCACCACGACCUGCCGCUACGUGUUCCUGGUGGAUACCGAGUGGUUGAGUACCAGGUACAACAACGUCGACAAGCACCUCAACCGGACCGACGACCUCACCGUGCCCAUCAUCCUCGACUGGGCGGUCCGUAACGUCGGCAACUGCAGCACCGCCAGGCUCAACAGAACCGACUACGCGUGCAGGAGCGCGGCCAGCCAUUGCGUCAAAUCCAUAAACGGCGCUGGGUAUCAGUGCAACUGCUCCAAGGGGUAUGAGGGCAACCCCUAUCUAGAAGAUGGAUGCAGAGACAUCGACGAGUGCAAACGCAUAGAAAAGCAAGAGGAACCAUGCUACGGUGUCUGCACAAAUACUCCAGGAAGCUACACUUGCCAAUGUCCUCCUGGGACUAGUGGAAUUGCCACCUGGAAGAAUGGUUGCCGUCCAAAGGACAGUUUCACCUUCGCGCUGAAAGUAGUUACAGGAGUCAGUGUUGGAGUGUUCUUGCCAGUGUUCAUGUGCUUCUGGCUCUACCUGGGUAUCCAGAAGAGGAAGCUUAUCAGGGCAAAGCACAAGUUCUUCGAACUAAAUGGAGGCGUCUUCCUGCAGCAGCAGAUGAGCUCCUACAAUGGCACCGGCACCUGCGCCGGUGGGUUCAAGAUCUUUUCUAAGGAAGACCUCGAGAAGGCGACCAACCACUUUGCUGCUGACCGUGUUCUCGGCCGCGGCGGGCACGGCAUUGUCUACAAGGGUGUCCUUGAGGACAAGACAGUGGUGGCAAUCAAGAAGUCAAAGAUGAUAGAGGAGGCCCCGACAAAGGAAUUCGCGAUGGAGAUGUUCAUCCUCUCCCAGAUAAACCACAAGAAUGUCGUAAAGCUGCUUGGGUGCUGCCUCGAAGUAGAAGUGCCCAUGCUGGUCUAUGAGUAUGUCUCAAACGGUACCCUAUACAAUUACAUCCAUGGCAGUAACGGAAUCGAGUCUGGCACAGCCUUUGAAACCUGUCUUCGGAUAGCAGUGGAGUCUGCCGAGGCACUAGCAUACAUGCAUUCUUCAGCCUCACCUCCUAUUCUCCAUGGAGACGUCAAGACGGCAAACAUUUUGUUGGACGACAAGCUCACAGCAAAAGUUUCAGAUUUCGGAGCAUCAAAACUGGCACCAACUGAUGAGGCCAAGAUGGCGACAUUGGUGCAGGGAACAUGUGGUUACCUUGAUCCAGAAUACCUAAUGACAUGCCGGCUGACUGAGAAGAGUGAUGUGUACAGCUUUGGUGUCGUCCUGUUGGAGCUUCUGACAAAGAAGAAGGCACUGUACUUCGACGGGCCAGAGGAAGAUAGAAGCCUUGUUUUAUGCUUCAUGAUGGCAGUUCAGGUAGGCCAGCACCAAGAGCUUCUGGACAGCCAAGUGAGGAAUGAGAUGAGAAUUGAAACGCUCGAAGUGAUCACGCACCUCAUCAUGAAAUGCUUGAACAUGUGUGGACAGGAAAGGCCGACAAUGAAGGAGGUUGCAGAGAGGCUAGAGAUGCUGAGGAGAUACCAGCUAAACCCAUGGGCUCAAGCAGAUGCCAACAUGGAGGAGACGCAGAGCUUGCUUGAUAUGGAACAACGGAAUGUGGAGUACAAGUUCACACAGGAUUGCGUCCUUGAUUUUGAAGGAGGCAGUACAUACAGCUUUAGCUCGUAG